AGUGUUAGACAGCAGAGCGGUAAAGAUGAUGUCUUGUAAAUUUCCUUUGACAGCAAACAAGAGAAUGAAGAACAGGGCGUUGAUAGUGUCUGUGGAGAACUUCUAUCCAGGUGCAGGUCUGAACAACAGGAACGGUGCGAAGAAAGACACCCGAAGACUUCACAAAAUCCUCAGCAAGCUCGGCUUCUCCGUGGACAUCAGAAUGGACAUCGCAGCAGAUGAGAUCUAUGAAGCAUUUAAAGCAGAGAGCAAGACGACGGUGAAAGACUGUUUUGUGGGUGUCAUAUCCAGUCAUGGUGAGGAGGGUGUUGUGUUUGGCGCUGACGGAUGUGCUGUGAAACUGGCCGAGAUCUACAGCUACUUUGGAGGCCCGUCGAUGGCAGACAAGAGCAAACUCUUUCUGAUCCAGGCUUGCCGAGGGUGUGAAUUGGAUGGAGGUGUGGAGGUGGAGGCAGAUUCUUCAUUCUCAGAGGAAGAGAACGGCAUGUCCGAGCUGUUUUCCAUUCCUAUUGACACAGCAGUCAUGUACGCCACAUCUCCAGGUUACGGUGCAUUCAUGCAUCCUCUUGGCUCAGAGUUGAUUCAAACCUUUUGUAAAUUGCUAGAAGAUGAAGGAGGUCCAGAUCUGGAGAUCACAAGACUCCUGACUCGAAUAAACUACCAGGUGGCCUACAACUUUGAAUCCAGAGGGAAAGUGUUGGGCGGCAAGAAGCAGAUGCCGUGUUUUGUGACCCGCUUUACCAGAGAGGCUUUCCCGUUCAGAAAGACGGCAGCAGCUGAAGAUUUGAGCUUGACGUUUGCAGCAAUGCAGCUUAUCGAUGAACCCAACAGAUCACGGAAGAGCUCCAUCAGCUGAACAGAGACUGACUGGGAAUAUGUGGAGAAACUGAUUCAUUUUAACUCUUCUAUAGCAUAAUGAAUCAAGUGACGUCAUGUCACGUAAAGUUUCAUGUCCAGCGGGACGUGAGUGGUUGGGAAAGUUGCAUAAUGUGGCAUGAUGUGCUUUUUUAGUGCUCCAUUUAUGUGUCAUGUAUUUUUGCUAUUGCUACCUCGUUAUGUAUAUAAUGUAUUCUCUAUAUACACUACUGUUCAAAAGUUUGAGGUCAUUCAAAUUUUUUAAUGAUCUUGAAAGAAGUCUCUCAUGCUGACCAAGGCUACAUUUAUUUGAUCAUUUAAAUAGCUGUUUUCA